AUGGCUGACUCGCCGGAAACGGCUCGAACCCGGGAUAAGAACAGAACCAUUCCGCGAACAUACAUCACGUCCCUGCAGGAGACGGUGCGCCGGCUCAACGAGGAACUCAAGGCAUUGCAAAAAGAGGAGGAAUAUGAACCGGACCACGAGGCUAUGGCGCGUGGCGCUGGGCUGGUCAAAUUCAGUGAGAACGAUGAAUCCCGAUUUCUGGGGCCUUCAAGUGGCAUUGCCAUCACCCGUUUUGUCAUGGAAUUCGCAAAGCAGAACUCGCUCCGGAGAACCAUCAAAGACGUCGUCCCGCAACACGCCGCUCAAGAGAUCAAAGACAAGUUUGACGCCGAGAGCAGCAAGCCUACGUCGAAAGUAUAUCCUCUCAUCAGUUCGGUCGCCGCCCCAGAUCUUCCCAACAGUGUCCUCAUGGAUGAGCUUGUGGACAUAUACAUGGUGAAAGCCCAAUACAUGCUCCCGCUUCUUCACGAACCCUCUUUUCGGAAGGAGCUGCAGGCUGUAUACGACGGAUCAAAGGACCCAACUCUUAAUUUCCAAGUCCGUCUCGUUGUGGCAAUCAGCAUGCAGAAGCUAGAUAAGCAAUACGCUGGGCUGGCUGACAGCUACUAUCUGGCUGCGCUUCCGUUUCUGACAGGUGCUGUUCAGAAGAUGGAUUUAUCGACGCUUCAAUGCUUCGCGCUCAUUGCGCAAUAUUCGUUGCUCACACCGACUCGAACCGCAGCGUAUUGGGUGGUGGGAAUCGCAGCGAAACUAUGUCAAGAGCUGGGUUUAUGCGAAGAAGAGACAAUUCAUCGACCGCCUUCCGGUGCCAGGCCCAAUGCCCUAGAGGUGGACAUGCGACGACGUUUGUUUUGGAUCAUAACGUCCAUGGAGUAUGGACUUGCCCACAGUCUCGGCAGGCCGAGUGCCUUUGGUGUAACUGUCGACAACAUCAACGUCAACUUUUUCGAACUUUGCGACGAUAAAUAUAUCAGUGCAGACGGACUGCUUACUGGUCACCAUCCAAUCAUGAAAAAGUGCAUCUCCAUCCACUUCUUCAAGAUGAGGCUGCUGCAGGCCGAGAUCAGGCGGACUCUAUACCUGAAGAAGCGAGAGGCACCUGUGCAUGAUCAAGACCCGUGGUUUCACCAAAUGCUGACCAAGAUCGACAACUGGGUCCGGGAUUGCCCCAAGAACGACGAGGGAUCUGGCUUGAGCGAGGCCUGGUUUAUUGGUCGCAAAAACACCAUGAUAGUGUUCAUGUACCGACCGUCGCCGCAAAUUCCCAGUCCUUCUCUUUACGCAGCCCAGCAAUGCUAUUCUGCAGCCACGUUCAACAUCCAACUCCAGAAGCGCCAGGUCGAAGGGCAUUUGAUCGAUAUUACCUGGAUUUUUACUCAAGCCAUCUUUAUGGCGCUUAAUACAGUGCUCUGGUGCCUGUCAUAUCCUGGUAUCAGACAACAGCAUCCCUUGGAAGAGGUCCAGGUGCAUAUCCAGGACGCACUCAGAGCGAUCGACCUUUGCGCCGACCGCUGGCCGGGGGUACGCUCUGCGCAACAACUCUACGAGAACCUUGUGUAUGGUUGUCUCAAGGCAUACGAAGCCGACAGCAAGGAAUCCCCUGCCUCGCAAUCAGAUUAUGUCUCUUCCACAACGACACAAGACCUGAGCUCAGCAGCAGCUUCACAGUUUGCGAACAGUCCAGCCAGUACCACAAAUACGUCAAUCUAUGGUGCUCAAUCCCCCCAGUCGAUCCAUAGUGUGCACACCACAGCAAACAACCACAACUUUAAGAACGCGGCGGCUGGCUACAUUGACCAUUCUGCGCAACAACCGUUUCAGCCUCAACCGGAGAUGUUCCCUACAUCAACACAACCAAUGGCCAAUCCGCAACAACAGUAUAUCCCUACAACCAGCCACCAAACACUGCCCCGCAUUGACGCCACAGCGAUGCACUACAGUCUGCCUGGUUUCGACCCACAUUCUUUCCCAGCAACGAGCGGCGCCAGCGCGGGUCCUGGUGGUUCGUGGACAGCUGGACCUCUUAUCCCAGGAGUUAUCCCCGGCUUGACGGGGUCUCCCAACAUGAAUUACGACGACCUUCCAUACCUUGCCCCUUUUGGUCACGAGUACAGUCGAUACAUGGGGCAAUCAUUCCCUCCACCGGGCUCGCACGGGUCUUCUAGAGCGGUAGCAGGAGGGCAUCCUGGUACAGCUGCCAACGCAAGUGGCCCGGGCGAUUAUGCAAUGCAGAGCCUGAGUUCCCAGCAACAAAUGGAACUUAUGGCCAUCUUGGAGAGUGAGCGAAGCAAUGGUCAGCUGCCGGAUGUGAGUGGCAUGGUUAGUGACGCGACGACUUUUUAUACGGCACAGUUGCCGUGA